AGUAUCCGUCGCGUCUGUUCUCCGACUCGAGGUAAGAUAGGAUUUCGCCAUCCCGGCGAGCCACGCGGAACCGCGAACGUCCAAGGAUGGCCGCCAAAAAGGUUCACGAAGAACAGUGUCCUCGGCUACGCGUUCACAUAAACGAUAGCUUUCCGGCGAACAAACUCCUGGGAAACGAGAGGCAACGAUUUAACGUACCGUCAAACUUGUUUCAGAGCGACCGUUUAGGAAUGUCAGGAUGAGAGGAGGAACGGUACUGGGAGGAACAAGAUCGAUCCGUGGAACCUUUCUGAGAACGCUCAUUGUCUUUUUCCUGGCGUCGUUUCUUUGGCUUCAGCUUCAUGUGAUCAGCCUGACCGGUCGAGAUUCCACCGGGCAGUCCUCCCCGAACGAAACGCUGUUCGCCCUUGUGCCGCAAGAGUUGCACAGGUUUCUCAAGGAUCGUCGGAAUGGGUCAUCCACGUCGAGCAACUCGAGCUCGGAGACGUUAACCGAGUUCGAGAUAGCGGAAAUUCGGCGCAAUAUCGAAAAGGCGAAUGCCGCGCAAAGGGUGUACAACGAGGAAGCCUUCGGUCCGUUGGCCCCCGACGCCCCCGUGAUUGUGGUCCAAGUGCACACCCGUCUCACCUAUCUCAGACAUCUAAUCGUGUCUUUGGCCCAGGCCAAAGGGAUCGAGCAAACCCUACUCGUCUUUAGUCACGAUGUCUGGCACCCGGACAUAAAUUAUCUCGUCCAAAGCGUCGACUUUUGCCGGGUGAUGCAAAUAUUUUACCCACACAGCAUACAGACCCAUCCACGCACGUUUCCCGGCGAGGAUCCCAACGAUUGUCCCCGGAAUAUUCGCAAGGAACAGGCUUUGAAUCUUGGCUGCGUGAACGCCAAACAUCCGGAUCUCUAUGGGCACUACCGAGAAUCCAAGUUCACGCAGACGAAGCACCACUGGUGGUGGAAGGCCAAUCGUGUGUUCGAUCAGCUUUUCGUGACGAGAAAUCACACCGGCAUGGUUCUAUUUCUCGAGGAGGACCAUUACGUCGCCGAGGACUUCUUGCAUGUUCUCAGACUGAUGGAACGCACCUGCAAGCAUAGCUGCGAGAGAUGCAACGUUCUGUCUUUAGGCACUUAUCUGAAGACGUACAAUUAUUUCGCCGACAUCAGUCGAAAGUUCCUUGGCGUCAACAGCGCCCUGCAAAAGGAGCUUCUGCGUGGAUUAAAAAGGCGGCAAACUGCGACGGGGCAACAACAGUCGUCGGCAAAAGUCGAGGUCGUCGGUGGAACAGGGGGAUUUCCGAGCAACGGCGUCGCCACCGGCACGAGUACAACCGGAAACUCCACAGCAAGCGGAAACGGUAGCGGCGCUACCGGGGCCGUGUCGUCUACCGGUCGGAACGCGCUCACGGCGCAACAUGUUCCCGCAUGGGCUUUCCAGCUCCUACCCGGUCUCUACAAUCAUUAUCAAAAGGCCGAGGUUAUCCCUUGGAUAUCGAGCAAACACAACAUGGGAAUGGCGUUCAACCGUGUAACUUGGAACAAACUUCGAAAGUGUACCGCGGAAUUUUGUUCGUACGACGAUUACAAUUGGGACUGGAGCCUUCAGCAUAUAGCGCAAUCAUGUCUACCGCCUAGCAAAGGCGCCGGUGUCGUGCCGCGAAUCGAAUCCGGCCUAAUCACGAUGAUGAUGAGAGCACCCAGAGUAUUUCACAUCGGUGAAUGCGGUGUUCACCACAAAAAGACCAACUGCGAAUCGACAUCCACGGUCGCAAAGGUUCAGAAUGUACUAAAGACCGCCCAGCCGCAUCUGUUUCCUACUCAACUGACGCUCACAGUAGCUGGUACUGCAAAAAAAUCGAAGCUCAGGAAAGGCAACGGCGGAUGGGGCGACGUACGAGACCAUCGACUCUGUUGGAACAUUACAGUUUAUCCGGACCUCGCUUUACCUUGAUAUCGAAUCGCGAUCGAAUCGUUGUUUCAGUCAGUGGCGUGCCUCGAAUUCCGGAGAAAAUUCUUUCGAUUUGUAACACGUCCGCCUCGUGUCGCGUCUCGUCGUGUUUCGACACGACGUUUCCGUUUCGUUUACGAACGAACGACACUUCUCGAACAAGUUCCUCGCGAUCACUCUCGCUCUCUGUCUCGAAAUAACGUGCGUGGCAGACCACUAGAAUGUUUCUGGGACAAUAUUCUGGAUUCGAGAGGCGUCGAACCGAGAAACGAUUCGUAAACUGUAGCCAUCCACGAGUCGCGGUAUUCUACAUAGGGUACAUUUUAUAUUUAUAACGACACCAACGAAAAUAAACGAAUCGACCGAUUUUCUCGUAA